AUCUGUAUUUGUACAUUAACGAAGUCUUGUCUUGUUGAAAUAUGAAAAGAAAAUCUGUCAAUAUUAAAAGUAAUUAAACGCUGUAUUCAAUCCAAUGAGAAGCAGGCUCAAAAAAAUCCGGAUUGAAAAUAAAAAGAAUCAAAGCUACUAAAGUUCCACCUACAUUCAUUAUUAUCAAGUAAAUCUUGUAUGAAUUCACUGUAACUAAGCCUGUUAGGAGGAAAACACAACCUUCGCUUAAAGCAAAUAGAAAUGCUCCCCAAAAAUCCAAUUAAUGAAAUGUUAAAAAAUAAUUUUCUUCUAUAAUCUCUUAUGUCUGAAAGUUUGCUAUAAACAAUGAUAGGUUGCAAAAGAAAUUUAAAACUAUUACUACAACAAAGAAAGCAAAUAUGA